AUGUCUCUUGCGGAGCGAAUUGAAAACGCAUCGGAUGUGGAUAUAAUGAAGUUGUAUUUGACACUGCAGACGAUUAAUAAUUAUUGUAAAUUGGACAGCAGUGGGGCUGAUGGCGAUACUUCGAUUGUUGAUUCCACUGGUAAUCAAUUGAGUGAACAGCUAAGCAGAAGUAAAGAAAUUGAAAAUGAUGUGGUGAAGAAUUUGGAGGAAAUUAAUAAACUGACUCGGGAAUUGGAAGAAGAGAUCGAUGAAGAUAAACUGAAGGCAGCUGAAUGUUUUUUUGAAAAGAAAAGGAAACUAAAAGAAUUAGAAAACGAUCCGCUAUAUAAAAAGUUGAUGGGUGGGGGAAUGGGCGAAUCUUGUGAGGAAUAUAAUCGUUAUUUGGUGAGUUUGUUUUUUAUUUUUAUUAUUUUUUUUAUUAUUAUUAUUAUUAUUAUUAUUAUUAUUAUUAUUAUUAUUAUUAAUGGCGAUACCUCAUUUCUGAAUGUGCAUUCGAGAGUUAAUUGUGUUUAUUAUAUUUUUAUCGUUUUAUUUAUUAUUAUUAAUAUUAUUAUUAUUGCAUUUAUUAUUAUAUUUAUUAUUAUAUAUAAUAAUAAAUAUUAUUAUUAUUGCGAAGGCUGA